UUUCCCGCAGUGUAUCUAAUCUUUGGUUACACCAAUGUUCACAGAACUGUUCGCCAAAUACACAUGUACCAACUGCCAGGAAGAUAUUUCGGGGAUCCGCGUGCAUUGCGUGGUGUGCACGGACUUCGAACUGUGCCUAGCGUGCUUUGCUGCAGGUGCCGAAAUCGGACCGCAUCGGAAUGAUCACUCGUACCAGUUUAUGGACUCAGGAAUACUUUCCAUUUUUCGUGGCAAAAGCGGCUGGUCGGCUCGCGAAGAGCUGCAUCUGCUCGAUGCCAUCGAACAGUACGGUUUCGGUAACUGGGAGGAUAUUAGCAAACACAUCGAAACCCGCACACCGGAGGAGGCCAAAGACGAAUAUGUGUCGAAGUUUCUCAAUGGUACCAUCGGGCGGCACACAUGGCAAACGGCAGUCGAUCAGCGCCCGAUCCUUACCGACCACACCUCGGACGAUACCGGACCACUCAGUCAGUUACUGAUACAGAAGUUACCGCCGAUGGACUGCACGGCCGAGGAAGCGGCCGCCCUUGGUUACAUGCCAAAUAGGGACGAUUUCGAGCGCGAAUACGACCCAACGGCGGAACAGCUCGUUUCUACACUGUCGUUACAGCCGGACGAUGAAGAUGUGGACAUGCUGCUCAAGUUAGCCCAAGUGGAUAUCUACACCCGCCGGUUACGAGAACGGGCGAGAAGGAAACGAGUGGUGCGAGAUUAUCAACUGAUAGCCAACUUCUUCCGCGGCAACAUGAAACGUGCGCGACAGACCCGCGACCAGCGUGAAUUUCGUGAACGGUUACGAACUUAUUCUCAGUUCUACACGUCGCUGGAGUUUGAGAGACUGAUAUCUUCACUCGAACGUGAACGGGCGCUGCGGAUUCGUUUGUCCGAGCUGAACCGUUACCGCUGGAAUGGCAUUCAACGCGUCGAUGAAUGUGUUCACUUCGAGCAGCAUGUGGCUGCGGCACAGUAUCGCAACACGGGACCAUAUGGACAUGGACGGACGGACAACCGAAGCAGAGGCGCCUCUGGAGAGAUCGCCAAAGGGGCAUCCUCGGUGUUGGGCAGCGGAAUGGGCCAAACGGGAGCGGUGUCGUCAGUGGGUCAGGUGAAUGCGACCCAAGGGGUACCAUCGACGGUGGGAUCGGCAAGAAGAAACGAAAACGACGCCCGAAGCUUAAAUUCCAUCGACCGAAAGCCCACGCACCUCACCGAAGACCGGGUUUGCUCCGACGACUCAUACAGCAGCAAAAGUUGCUUGGAUAGCUCACAGCGGGAGGUGGUGACGAGCUCGGGCGGCCUGCAUCAGUCAACGAGCGGCCAGAAGCUCCACCACCACCAUCAGGCGAGCAGCGGCGCAGGGGCCGGAAACCUGGCAUCCGAUCCGGCACAGCAGCCCGGCGGCCAGCUGCUGACGUCUAAUGAAAUUCAACUGUGCAGUUCACUGAACAUGCCCGUUACCAGAUAUCUCACGUUAAAAACGGUUCUGCUUAGCCGUCCCGCGCUAGACCAUAACAUUCAUUCGGUGGCGGAGAGCAUCGUGAAAAAGUAUCUGGUCAGCCGCGGUUGGUUACAGACCAGCCCACAAAAUUAGAUUCAUCAACAAGGACGUAUGUUUGGUGCCGAUAACGCGAGAAUAUUGGAACGCGGUACCAGGUUUUACCGUGUAUUAGACGCGUUAAAAGACGGUUUUAAAUUGAUGUUGAUCGAUCUCAUUGCGCUAUACACUAGCUGGUUAAUACGUGGGAUAGAGGGUACGUGGGUUUGGAGUAAAACAUUUAGCAGUUUGAAGGUCUACAAUUAGGUGGGAUGUAAAUUUAUUGUGAGCGAAUUUUAGUUUUAGCUGCAACCCGCCCGGUUGUUGUCGAAAACAAUCGCACACACGCUUUCGUACUGUGUAAGCAAUGCCAUAGUUACAUUAUUCGAAGUGUAGUUCACAUUCCCACUGUGUGAUAGUAGACGCUUCCUACAUGCAAAUAGACAGAUACAAGCGUCCUACCGUACAUGUGGACAGGUGCAAGCAACAACUCAAUCUCUCCACUAGGAUAAAACAAAAAAACAAUGUGUAAAGCGCAGGGAAAGAAGGUGUUCUUUAAUCGUAAAAAAAUCGUUAUUAUGUAAACCAGGGUCUUCUUACCUAAGUCACGUGGAGAAU